AUGAAGCUUCGGGGCUGGGCUCACGUGAUAUCGCAUUGUCAAAAGCGAUUCCCCGAAAAGCGCCAGGAACUCGCGACAAUGCUUAUUCCAAAGGCUGACCGCAAGCUCAUCCACGAGUACCUCUUCCGCGAGGGUGUACUCGUGGCCAAGAAGGACUACAACUUGCCCAAACACACCGACAUUGACACCAAGAACCUCUAUGUCAUCAAAGCCUGCCAGUCUUUGACUUCUCGAGGCUACCUCAAGACCCGUUUCUCGUGGCAGUACUACUACUACACCCUCACCCCCGAGGGUCUCGACUACCUCCGCGAAUGGCUCCACCUGCCAGCUGAGAUUGUGCCAGCCACGCACAUCAAGCAGCAGCGUUCGCACGCUCCCCCACGCGGUAUGAUGGGCGGCGAAGAGCGCGAGAGACGUCCUGGCGGUCGUGGUGGCCCCCGUGGCGACCGUGGUGACCGUGACGGUGGCUACAGACGCCGUGAAGGCGCUGAGGGCAAGGAAGGCGGUGCUCCUGGUGAAUUCGCCCCAUCUUUCCGUGGCGGAUUCGGCCGUGGACGCGGUGGUGCCCCAGCCCCAUCCUCUUAA